AUAGCAAUGUUGGCUACAAGCAGUAACAAAAAAUAUACAGCCGAUGUCAUUUCGCAUUUCAUGGAAUCACAUAUGCCGUUGGCCUUGGCAAGAAUAUGUGAUGUGCGACUUGACUCGCUUCUAUUCAAUCCUGCAGCAGAAACAGUUUUACAAGGUUUGACAGUAGCAACCCAAUUCGAUUCCAAUGGCAACUCAACA